AUAUAUAAGCUAUAAUAUAUAUUUAAAAGAAAAUCAAAAUCUGAAAUAUAUAAUUUUUAUAAUAUUUUCAAGUACUAUACAUAUAUAGUAUGAACAUUGUAUAAAAUAGUAUACAAAUGUUUAUUCUAUUUAUAUUAGUUGAGUAUCAUAUGUAAAAUAGUACGAGAAGAAAUAAAAGUACCCGUUGAUGAAAAAGACGUUCUUAAACUAGACAUGACCCUAACAUUGUCAAAUAUUUGAAUGAAACCAAUUUUAUAUUACGAACAAUCAUAUAAAAGAGCAUAGAAGAGAAAUAUCAAAUUUGAAGACAUGACAUAUAAACCCUAAACUCUAGUUUGAGAAAGAAAUUACUAAACCCUAAAUCCUAAUCACUAAACCCUAAAUCCAAAUAUAAACCCUAAACACUAAACUCUACUCACCCACUUAAAUACUAAAACCCUAGACAAACCCCUAGUUACAAAAUCUAAACCCAAAUAACUAAAGUAUAAACCUAAACAUAAUCUAUAUAAUAUGUUGUCAAUUUUGUCAAUGUACACGACAUAAUAUGAAACCUCUAUAAAUAGUAUAGAAGUACUGGUCCACUCCAUUUACAUUUGCCAAAUGACAAAGUUUGAGAACGAAAUUUAUUAAAAACCUAAAUCCAAAUAUAAACCCAAAACCCUAAACUAUAAACUCAAAUCUCAAAAUCUAAUGCAAACCUCACUUCACCACCAUUCCUCUAAAUAAUAGAAUUUAGAUUUUUAAACUAGAAUUGGUAAUAAUGAAUAUUCCAAAUAAUCAAAUUUGUUCAACAUUAAAAAAAUGAAUUUCAUAUUACAAUCAAUCACACAAAAUGACAGUGAAAAUAACUAUCGAAUUUGAAAACAUGACAUGCUAUUACAUUUUAAGGAAUAGUAUAGCAUUUCGUCUCAAAUAGUAUGGUAUCCUUACAUAAAUAGCUACCCUAAAGAAUAUAUAUACUAUACUAAUCAUUUACCGAAUAUAGUGUAGACGGAGAAUUCAUCUUCUUCAAUUCUUCUUUCUUAGACAUGCUGAUACACAUUCAUUUGGUGCACUCUCAUUAUUCUUUACCACCAUAUAGAGAUCGUCUCCAUCUCCUCUUUUUUUUGACACAGCGACACUUUACAGAUCCACCAUCGUUAUUCUUCACCAGUGGAUAUCUAUCAUGGAUCUAACUCUGAUGCGAUAAUCUCAAUCUCAUUUGCAAGAUUUAAAAACGAAAACAAUAUGAAAACAAAAGCAUGAUUGUGAGAAUCAGUGAGUUAAGAGAAGGAGGAAAAAAAUGAAAGAGUUGGUGUGUUCUCACCGUCUACGCCUUCAUCGUUGCCUCUUUUUUACCACAAUUGAUUGUUCUUCUCGUGAAAAGAAAUCAAUUCGAGAAAAAAUCUGGGAAGAAGAAACUUCAUCUUCUGUAAAGUUACCAAAAUAAAGCACAUGUGAGAGAAUGUGUGAUUUUCAAGGGCUACACGUUACUUUUGAGUAUUAUUAUUAUUAUUAACUUUUCUUUAUUUUUUUUUUGCAGGUUUCAACCGGUUGUAUGUGAGGGCAAUAUGACAAUAUUAUAUAUAAGAGGCAUAGUGUAUAGAUGUCGAGAUUUUGGUUAGCUAUUGCAUUAUAAUUUGUUUGAUGGUUAUACAGCCAAAUUUCUCUUUUUACCAGCACCAAAGCCAAAAAUUAAAUAAUAUAUUAUAUUAUAUUGGUAUUGUAUUUUUGUUAUGUUCACAUCCAACUUCUACUUCCUCAUCCCACAGUCAUUUUCCGUUCCUUCCACCCAAUCCAUUAACUGUUUUUACUCGGUUUGAUCCUUCUUAUAUAUGUUUCUUCUGGUUCCACCAUUAUUAUUGAAACUCGUAGCACGCUAUACACACAAAUAUCGAAAUAAUUUAUAUACUCAAGUUCAGCAUAGGACCAAAACAACCGUUUCACAGAAAUGAAUAGAGGUAUGUCUGAACAGACGAGACCGGAUAACCUUCGAGCUCAGAGCCUCAAAACACUGACUGGCAGUGAAUAGGCUGCCAAGUGGCAAACCAAGAGUAAAACGUGUUGGCUUGAGAUGAAAGAUUAAUACUAAGAUGGUGACUCACCAUAGCCUAGGGGACCAUCUUUUAAACUGGCCUUUGCACUUACUUGAACUCAAAUACCUUUAACUCUUUUCAAUUCUCUUGAAAACCAUUUGAAGCAAAAUGGAUUUGCCGCACGUUUGGUUAUGGACGAUGCUACUCGCCUUUGUGCUAACGUGGAUGAUUUUUCACUUCAACAACCAAAGGAAAAAGAAGUCGAUGUUGAAGUUGGCCGAGGCGGCCACAGAGGAGAUAAGAGAAGGUGUUGCUGACAUCAUCAUCGUCGGAGCUGGUGUUGGUGGCUCAGCUCUCGCCUAUGCUCUUGCUAAAGAUGGGCGUCGAGUGCAUGUGAUUGAGAGGGACAUGAGGGAACCAGAGAGAAUUAUGGGUGAGGUUAUGCAGCCAGGAGGACGCUUCAUGCUUUCUAAGCUUGGCCUUCAAGAUUGUCUGGAGGGUAUAGAUGCGCAAAAACUCACGGGCUUGGCCGUUUACAAGGACGGGAAAGAAGGGGUUUUACCUUUUCCUGUGGAAAACAACACCUUUCCUUAUGAACCAUCUGCUCGAUCUUUUCACAAUGGCCGAUUGGUCCAACGACUGCGCCAAAGGGCUUCUUCUCUUCCUAAUGUGCACGUGGAAGAAGGAACUGUGAAGUCUUUAAUAGAAGAAAAGGGAGUGAUCAAAGGUGUGAUAUACAAGAACACUACUGCAUGCCAAGAAACAACGGCUUUUGCACCUCUCACCGUAGUCUGUGACGGAUGCUAUUCAAACCUUCGUAGGUCUCUCGUUGAUAGUACUGAGGAAGUGCACACGUACAUGGUGGGUUACAUCACGAGGAAUAGUCAACUGUAUGAUCCAAAAAGUCUACAUCUAAUUCUUUCUAGACCUAUGGUCUGCAUAAUGUAUCAAACAAGCAGCGAUGAGGUUCGUUGUAUUGCCGAAAUUCCCGCCGAUAGUGUUCCUUCUAUGGCAAACGGUGAAAUGUCUACAUUCCUUAAGGAAAGUAUGGCUCCUCAGAUACCUAUACAGCUCCGUGAAAUAUUCAUAAAAGGGAUCAAUGAUGGAGCAAGCAUGAAAGUGGUGCCAACCAAGAGCAUGUCUGCUACGUUGAGUGAGAAGAAAGGAGUGAUUGUGUUAGGAGAUGCAUUCAACAUGCGACAUCCAAUAAUCGCUUCUGGUAUGAUGGUUGUAUUGUCCGACGUUCUUAUUUUACGCCAUCUUCUAAAGCCACUGGAGAACCUUGCCAAUGUUACCCAAGUCUCUCAAGUCAUCAAAAACUUUAAUGAUAUUCGAAAGCCAAUGUCAGCGACAGUUAACACAUUAGGGGAUGCAUUUUCCCAAGUGCUGGUUGCAUCAAAGGACGAAGCAAAAGAGGCGAUGCGACAAGGCUGCUACGAUUAUCUCUGUAGUGGGGGCUUCCGCACGUCGGGAUUGAUGGCACUUCUCGGUGGUAUGAACCCUCGGCCACUUUCUCUCGUCCUCCAUAUCUUCGGCAUCACUUUUACCUCCAUUGGGCAUUUGCUCUCUCCCUUUCCCACUCCUCUACGCAUUUGGCACAGCCUCAGGCUUUUUGUGUCAACGAUGAAGAUGUUGGGUCACCAUAUCAAGGUUGAAGGGGCGAGGCAAAUGCUAUAUCCAGAAAGCACACCCAUGUAUCACAGACGCUAUAUGGCUGCAACCGCUCUCCAACUAAACGAUGAUAAGUCUGUUCUUUUCAUUGCCGCUGCGACUAGCGGUCGCGGCAACAAAAUCACACUUUGACGGAGUCAAGAUGAAGGUUCUUGAAAGUAAACUUAUUUAUCGCGGCUUGCCGCAACGAUGAAAAAAGGGGAUGAUGCUGCCGCUGAUAUUUUCAGCGUCGGAUUUAGUUACUGUGUUUUGCCGCUGCGACUGAAAAAAAAAAGUUUCGGUUGUCUCACCGGCGCUAUAUUUCCGAUGGUAAAGGGGUAAUUUUCAGUUGCCGCUGCUAGUCGCCAGCGUUUGCGAAAAGAACAGGCCUGAUGUUUCGUAUUAAUCCAGUUGAAUUGGUACUUUAGAGGCGAGAAAUGUAGAAAGACGAGCAUCAUUCACUUGCGAGGUUAUUGAGUGAUGGACGAAUAAUCUAUUGUUUAGCUUUUCUCUAAUAUAAUUGUGUUGCAACAUGCUUGUUGAAUAUGUACGAUAGAACAUUUGCUCUUAGAACCGCAAAAAAUGUUACGUAGUAAUAAACGGGUUCCCUUAUAU